AUGCGCAAACAGCUCUGUCUCGCGCUGUGCGCAGUCGUCGCCGUCGCCCAGACGACGGUGCCCGGCGUCGUCUACUUUCCCGACCACCGACCGGGCUACCCGCUCUCGACGCGCGACCGCGUCAACGCCACGGCCAUUGCCAUUGGCAUCGACGCCGACCUUGCGACCCUCGCACCGCACUACCAGCUGCUGCGGACGUACCGGCCGUCGUUCCACGGCGUCGCGAUCGCACCGAUCGCCGCGCGCCACAACUUGCACGUGUACCUCGGCCUCGACGUCGGUGCCAUCGACUAUGCAACGCAGGUCGACGCGGUGAUUACUGCGCUGCAGACGCACCCGAGCACGGUUGACGCAAUCAUCGUCGGCAGCGACAGCCUCCGAGUGGUGUCCACGGACGACCUCGUCGGCCGCAUCGAGGCACUUCGGAGCCGCGUUCAGUCCGAGACGAGCGCGUCGCACGUCAAGCUUGGCACGGCGCAGCACCUCGAGGACUGGCUCGACCCACUGCUUGCGUCCAACAUGUCGGCUGUGGAAGCCGCCGUCGACAUCGUCGGGGUCAACUACUUUCCCGGUCGCGACGCGAGUUUCGACAUUGGCGACCCCGUCGCGCUCAUCAACGGCCACUGGCCGCUCCUCCAAGCUCUGUACCCGAGCACGAAGCUCACGAUCACCGAGACGGGGUAUCCGACGGCGUCGCUUGCCGACGCGACCACGUACUUCAACGCGUUCAAACUCUCGGCGUAUUCGGCGCUGGGCUUUUACUAUGCGUUUUUCGACCGCCAACCGCGCGAUCCGAGCGGCGACGUGGACGACUACGGCCUCUACACGAUCGACGGCACGUCCAAGAAGAUUUUACCCGACCUCGACGCCUUCCAGAACGAGUCGUCGGCGUUCUCGUCGGUGAUCGCUGGCGCUUGCUACUCGCCGUUCCAUCUCGACUCGUACCCGCUCAACGGCGUUGCCCACGGCAGUCUCUCGGCCGGCAUGGACGACGACUUUAAGCUCAUGAAGAAGUACGUGGGUGUCGUCCGCACCUACUACUCGACCUACAUGGGCGUCGACGUGACGCCGAUCGCGGCCAAAAACGACGUCCCGCUCUACCUCGGAGUCUUCAUGACGGACCAGCCGUGGUACGCCAACCAAGUGAACGCGGCGAUCCAGGGCGCGAUCAAGCACCCGUCGACCGUGAAAGCGAUCCUCGUCGGCAACGAAAAUGUGAUUCCGGUCGGACCGUACAGCGCGUCGUACAUUAGCAGCCAAAUCUCGUACAUUCGGUCGCAGAUUGCGAUGCAGUCGAAUGGCAAAGUCAACACGGUGCUCCUCGGGACGGUCCAGCGCGUCACCGAUUGGCUCAACCCAUCACUCCGCACCGAAAUGAAGAAUCUGGCCGACAACUCGGACAUUAUCGGCGUCAACAUCUACCCAUUUUUCGACAACAGCUACGACAGCAGCAAUCCCACCGUGCUGCUCAACGCGCUCUGGGACCAAAUGGCCGCCAUCUACCCGGCGUCCAAGCUCCGCCUGACAGAAACCGGGUUCGCGACCGGUGGGCCGCCGUCGCCGCUCUCGCCCCGCGUCGUCCCAAGCUUGAACAAUGCCAUCACGUACUACAUGGCGCUCUCGCAGUGGCAGCCGUCGGCUGGCGGCGGCGAACUCUUCUGGUACACGUUCUUUGACCUGCGCGCCGACGACCGCACGCAGCCGGAGGAACUCGAAAAGUACUUUGGCUUCUUCACGGCCGGCGGGCAGCAAAAGGUCGCGGGGUUUCCUCCACCCUACGAGGCACCUGCGUUCACGCUCGCACCGGCGCUGCCCGUCGUGACGGUGUCGCCACUGACGUCGCCACCCGCAAGGGCCACGCCCGCGCCGAGCUCAGCAGCGUUCAUGGGUGCCAACUACGAUCCGUUCCACAAUGCGGCCUACCCGAGCAACCUGCCAGCGCUCGGCGUUGCCAUCACGCAGGACCUCGCGGUCCUCAAGAAGCACUUCAACGUCGUCCGAACGGUCUACACCAACUUUUACGGCAUCGAAAUCGCGCCGUACUUGGCCGCCGCCAAGCUCGACGUGUACCUUGGCGUCUUCAUGACGCGCGAAGGAUGGUACACGAGCCAAGUCAACUCGGCCAUCUCGGCGGUUCGUGGCUACGGCGGCCACAUCCGCGCGAUCCUUGUCGGGAAUGAAAACAUCAACUUGAACGAGAAUUUCUCGCCGUCCGAGGUCGCGGCGCAGGUUGUCGCGGUGCGCUCGACGUUGCGAGCAGCGACAAGCGCGGCUCUCGUGAUGGGCACGGCGCAGAGGGCGGCGACGUGGCUCACGGGGACCACCGCCAUGCGGGCGCUGGCCAACGCUUGCGACGUCAUUGGCGUCACGUACCAACCGUAUCUGGACGGCAAGUACGACCCGGCGAAUCCCACCGCGGGGCUGGACCUCGUCUGGACGCAGCUCAAGAAAUUGUACCCAGCGUCCAAGCUCCGGUUGGUCGAUGUGACCUUUCCGUCGGCGCCGGUGCCGUCACCGUUCAACUCGGUUGCGACGCUGGCCCUCCAGCAAGCCUUUUACAAUGCACUCCUCAAGUGGGUUGCCAUCAACUGCCCCACGACCGAGCGCUUCUGGGGCACCUUCUUUGACAACGCUGCGCUGCGCCGCACCGGCGGCCUGUACACGGCGGCGCGACUGCCGAAAUCAUCGGCCUUUCCCUUGCCUUUGUAA